GACUGACAGUGAUUUCUCAAAAACAAUCGACAAUUUAUUUAAUAAACUUGUUUACUCAACGUGUUCGUUUUAAAAAUAACAAUUGCUUCUCAUUUACUACAAACAUAAAUUUUAGUUACAUAUAUUCAAGUAAUUACAAUCGUCAUGGGGUCUUCAAAGAAACAUAAAAAAGAAUCUAAAAAGAAGAAACAUCGUAGUAGAUCUCGAUCGCCCCUGGGUGGGGAACGCGAACGAAAACGGCACAGGAAACACAAAGAUCGCAAAAAAGAUCGCUCUCCUGACGUGGAAGAGGUGCCGGUGGACUCCCAUCUAUUGGUGGCGGAUGCGGCCGCGUCGCUGAGUCACAGCCGCAGUCGCAGCAGCAGUGUGGAGCGACGUGGCUACAGAGAAAACAGCUAUGGGGAUAAAGAUCACGAAAAUGACCGCGAACAUGUCCGGGAACCUUCACCGGUGGCAACAAGCACGACUGCACAGGAGAGUCUCUCUAUAGAGGAAACGAACAAACUACGCGCCAAACUCGGCCUCAAGCCACUCGAAGUUGCCGAGAAACCAGCUGAUGACGGCAAAAUCAAGGAUGACCUUGGGGAGUUCUACCAUAAACCAGCCACCAACAUUACACAGCAGAAGAAGUCAGAGAAGAUACGGGAGAAACUCGAGGAGCGGCGUGAGAAACGGAAGCUUGAACAAAAAUUACAAACAACAUUAUUGGCAGAGGAGUCUGAUGAUGAAGACGCAAUAGCAUGGGUUAAGAAAACUAGGGAAAUAGAGAAACAGAAAUCGGAGGCUGCCAAGCGGGCGGCGAUGCUGGACGAGAUGGACUCUGUGUUCGGGGUGUCGGCGCUGGUGGAGGAGGACGAGCGCGAGGCGCGGGCCGACCGCUACGGGGCCGCCCACCUGCGCGGACUCAGGGUGGCGCACGACGUCGACGCAUUGGGUGACGAGCGGGAGAUCGUACUGACACUGGCAGAUAAGGAGGUGCUCGCAGAAGACGCAGAGGACGUGCUAGUUAACGUGAACAUCGUUGACGACGAACGGUACAAGAAGAACAUAGAGCAACGCAAAAAGGCCAAAGCCGGCUACCAGGCUUACGAUGACGAAGCAGAUAUGGAGGCGGCCGCUCUCGGUUACCAGAAGCCGGUGCUAUCCAAAUAUGAUGAUGAAAUCGAUAAAGACAAAGCAGAGAAACGACGAGGGUUCUUCAUUGGCGAUGAAGACGCGAUUGAAGCAAAGCGCUUCAAGGAGAUGAUGCGGAGGUCUGUGGCGAGCGGCCCCGAGCGGCGGCUGGAGUCGCUGCAGCUGCCCGAGCUGCAGCUGGCCGCCGACUACAUGGACCACCACGAGAUACAGGCCAAGUUCAAGAAGUCCAAGAGAAAGGGUAAAAUACGAAAGAAGGCGAAGCAGGAACCAAUCGAUGUAGACGACUACGAGGCAGGCACCGUGCCGCUCGAUACCGACGACACAGAGGUGAAGCCGGAGGAUUUGGCGACGGGAGUGGGCGCCGACGACGAGGACGAGACGGAGCCCGACAGCGAACUGCAGGCCGCGCUCGCACGCGCACGUCGCCUGCGACUCAUGCAGCCCGCGCACAAGGUGGAAGAGAUAUUGGAGCGCGUAAAGAAGGAGGAGCCUGAGGAUGAAGAAGAGGGAGUAGCAGAGAGUGGUAGUGCCACUAUGGUGUUAGAUGCGACAGCAGAAUUUUGUCGCACUCUGGGAGACAUACCCACUUACGGACUCGCCGGCAAUAGGGAUCACCAGGCCGAGAUCAUGGACUUCGAGCGCGAGGAUUUAGAGCCGGAACCGGAGACGAGUUCUAACGCGGGCGCCUGGAGCCGCGUCGACGUCGGCAGCGAGAAGCCGGCAGACCUCGCCGCCGGGUCCGUCGUGGGGCUGGAGGCGGAGCCGGCGCUCGGCGCAGGUGUAGCGGGCGCGCUGCAGCUCGCACUCAGCAAGGGGUACCUGGAGCGGGCCGGGGCCGCGCCCGCGCCGCGCUCGCAGCUCGCGCACCUGCUCGCCGCGCGACACUACUCCAUCGAGGACAAGGCGCUCGGGGGUGAAGAUGACAAAUACGGGCGACGCGAACGUGGCGGCCACUCGGGACCGCUGCAGGACUUCCGCGAGAAGUCCAACUUUCGACCGAACAUCAAGCUGGAGUACGUCGACGACGAGGGCCGUCCUCUGUGCCCCAAGGAGGCCUUCCGCUACCUCUCCCACAAGUUCCACGGGAAGGGUCCCGGCAAAAACAAACAGGAGAAACGUAUUAAGAAAGCCGUUCAGGAAGGGCUAAUGAAAAAGAUGAGUUCUACGGACACGCCGCUGGGCACGCUGCAGAUGUUGCAAGACAAGCAGCGCGAGACGCAGUCGCCCUACAUCGUCCUCAGCGGCGCCAAGCGAGACCCCAACAAUUGAAUACCAAACAGUUCGUCCGUUCAUAUAUGCUUUGGAAUAUUUGUAUAUUUUCGAGUAGUUUGGAUUGAAAUAAAAUAUUAAAUGA